AUGCCACUUCAGUUCACCAAAGUCCCGAGAGACUCGGACCUUGUCUCCAAAAUAACUACUAAAUUCCCUUACUACGACAAAGUGCAGCUCAUAGCACCCGCGGGAGAUUAUUCAAAAACACCACCUCUGCUCAGGGCAUCUUUUCAAGAAUAUGAAACCAGCAACCUCUACCAGCUCUGUUUGGACAGCCCCAAGGAAACAUUCAUCAAAGCUAUACCGCAAGAUCAAACUUCUCUAGCUCCAAUUUUCCAAAACUCGCUAACUUUGAGCCACGGCCAAGUCACGCUAAGAUUGAGUCAGCCGUCAUUUCAGAAAUGCCCCAAUUUGCAAAGCCGCAACAAGGGCAAAAUCACCAAAUUGAAGCUGGAGAAGAUUGGCCAUGGUGGCAACUACAACGCUCAGUAUCGCUACGAAAUUAAAACCGAGGUCGCUGUACCUGAAUUGAAGACCAUUAUAAGCACAGUGUUGCCUCGAGUGAAGGUAUCCAUAUACUCUCUAGAUCUGGAUUCCCAGUUACCUAUAGCGAAAUCCAUCGCUGCAACUCCUAAAGUUGCUCACUUGGACAUCUGCGACAGAUAUGAGGCAUUGACAAUUUAUGCCAAUUUCGAUGAGAAUCAAAUCGUCGAUGCAAACAAACUUGAAACCCAAUUCGCCACACGGUUCACCAUCUCCAAUACCAUCUCCUCUGCUCUAAGCGACCUAAAAUGGCACUUGCUCAGUUUGCACCAGGGAGAGCACCAUAUACUCAUGCAAGACUGUGGCGAUCUGAUUCACGUUUACGAGAUCAUAUAG